AGAGGAUAUACUUGGGGCUUUUGAGAGGUGGAGUCAUAGAGAGACCUUACCUGCUGAUGCACAUAAGAAGGUUAAUGUGCUCCUAUUGUAAGAGGCAUAAUGAAACCGAAGUCCCAGAUCCUUACCAUGGUGGAUCGCAAGGCUUCAUAAAGCUACUCUUGGAUUUUCUGAUCUUCUCUGCUGCUAGUUUUUCGCCUUUGAUGAGCUUUGUACAUUGUAGCAGUAAAAGCUAAUGCAUUGGAAAAGGUUGAAUCCGAGUUUUUUGACCUUGUUGAGGCUUCAAAGAAAAGACCCACAUUUUCUCAAUUCACGAAGGAUUCGUCAGUACCUGAUGAUACUAGAGUAAAGACUAUUAAUGAAGUUUGUGCUCAACCUAAAUUUUCGGACUUCACAAAAAACUUUUUUGUUAUGAUGAUUUGUUAGUGAUCACUUUUGUUAAUGUAUUAAAAUAUUUUGGGAAACUUGUAUGUAAAUUACGUUGUUGGAUAUUUUGAUGAUUUGUGUAAC